CUUUUUCUCAAAACCGGCUCAUAUUACGGUCCUCAUCAUCACCAGAUGAGAUGGGUUGGCCUGGGUAAAAUAAUAAAAACUGGUAAAGACAACCAAGAUCACGACCGUCACGUGAUCCCAAGUCAUCUACUUUUACUACUUCCGACCACUUCUCUGAUCCGGUUCAGACUUCAGACACAGUCCCUGGCGUCAGCUUUGCCGUUAAUAGCCCCGACCACCCUAUCUUCCCUUCCUCCGCCGCAAUCAAUUAUCCCGACGAGACCCCUUUUUGGGGCAUUUCGACAAUCCAACAACAACAUUAUCCGAUCUAACUGGGAAAAAUUUACUAUAAUCAAAACUCCUCACCUUUUUCACUUUCUUCCUCUUCUAUACAAAUAAUUUGGGAAAUCGUAGCCUAAUUAUUUAGAUGGGUCCCCACUGACCUAAAAUUAUUAAAGUAUAAUGCGAUGUGAUUUUAUUUUAUUUAUCAUUUUCUUUUUGGGUAUUUUUGCUUUUUUUCUUACAAAUAUUUCUUUUUUAAAAUAAAAUGCCAUCAUUUAUAAAGCCACCGUUUCUGGGUUUGUAUUCUUGUGGGUUAUUGUUGCAUCUGUGUCCUUUCUCCCAUUUCUCAUCUCAUGUGAUCGUUUUUCUCUAAUUGGAUUACGACGGCAAUUCGCCGGAGCAUACUGACAAAAAGUAAACUGAAAGUCGCGCUCGUCGGACAGGGAUUUCAGAUUUUUUUUUUUAUUUCCGGCCCCUUCUUUUCUGAUCGAAUUUCAGCAUGAACAGGGGCAGCUUGCAUCAUAACAGCGUGGACACCGUAAAUGCCGCCGCCACCGCCAUAGUCACCGCCGAGAGUCGAGUUCAGCCUUCCAGUGUCCAGAAAAAAAGAUGGGGAGGUUGCUGGAGUGUUUACUGGUGCUUUGGGUCUGUCAAAAACAGCAAACGAAUUGGACAUGCUGUCCUUAUACCAGAACCUGCUGUUGCAGGUUCUUCUGCUCCAGUAUCUUCUGCCUUUAACCACUCGGCUACUCCGGUUAUACCCUUCAUAGCUCCACCCUCUUCUCCUGCAUCAUUUCUUCAAUCAGAUCCUCCCUCAGCCACUCAAUCACCUGCUGGAUUUCUCUCACUUGCAUCUCUUGCUGUUAAUACAUCUAGUGAGGCUUCCACCAUUUUCACUAUUGGGCCAUAUGCUUAUGAGCCUCAGCUAGUCACGCCCCCGGUAUUUUCUGCUUUUACAACAGAACCAUCCACUGCUUCUUUUACUCCGCCUCCUGAACCAGUGCAACUCACUACGCCGUCCUCACCAGAAGUGCCGUUUGCUCAGCUUCUGUCAUCAUCAUUGGCUCGUAACAGAAGACAUACUGCAGCGAGCAUCAAGUUCCCUUUAUCACAGUAUGAUUAUCAGCCUUAUCAAUGCCCUGGAAGCCCAGGCAGCCGUCUUAUAUCUCCAGGCUCUGCAAUUUCAAAUUCUGGUACUUCAUCGCCUUUUCCAGAAAAGCGUCCUAUUAUUGAGUUUAAAAUGGGUGAAGCUCCCAAAUUUCUUGGCUAUGAACACUUUGCAAGGAAGUGGGGUUCAAGAGUUGGUUCAGGAAGUUUGACACCAAGUGGUUGGGGUUCAAGGUUAGGAUCAGGAAGUCUGACACCAAAUGGUGGGCUAUCACGGCUUGGUUCAGGAACUUUAACUCCAAAUGCUGGAGAAUUUGCUUCUCAAGAAGCUUAUCUUCUGGAGAGCCAAAUUUCAGAGGUUGCAUCACUUGCCAACUCAGAAAAUGGAUCUCCAAGAAAAGAUGACCUGAUUGACCAUAGAGUUUCAUUUGAAUUGACCAGGGAAGUCGAUCCAAACUCCCUGGGGAAGGAAAUCCUCAUAAUGAAAGAAACCACAUUGGACCAUGCAAUCGGUAGAGCAGCUGAAGAUUCAAAUGGACACAAUUCUAUGUCAGUGGACAGUAAGAGUAACUGUGAAGAUUGCUGUAACGAGACCAUCAACAACGUGGCAGAGGACCUUAAACUAGACCGCAACAUUUCAGUAGGUUCAAGCAGAGAUUUCCAUUUUGAUCACAUGAAGCCAGAAAUCCCAGAUAAGCCAACAGUUGACUGUGAGUGGUGGACCAAUGAAAAGGUUGGUGCAAAAGAAAUAGGUUCCGACAACAAGUGGAACUUCUUCCCAAUGCUUCAGCCAGGAGUAAGCUGAAAAGGGAACUUUUAGCUGAUUUUGCUGACAAGAAGUUUGCAACCAUACUGGUUCAUACAUCACACCCAGAAAGCAGUUCGAAAACUUAAGCUUCAGAAGCUUGUAUUUGAUGAUGUUCAUGCAAAAUAGACUGCACAGUUUGCCCUCCCCUCAUAUGAUCGCUAAUCCAGUACCAAAAAUGGCUUGCAGUGAUUUAGGCUAGUGAGAUUUACCUAAAAAAAUAUUUUUUUCCCCCUUUUUUACUGUUGUUCCCUAAAAAAGUACGCUGUAAAAAUCUUUCAUCUACCCUUACAUAUAGAUAAUUGAAAAUUCAUUUAGUCCACAACUUAAUGUUCAUCAAAUACAAUUUACUAGGGAGUUCUACGGAG